AUGAAGGGAUCAGACAUCACAGUAGCCUUUCUAGGCUGCGGUACGUACACCUUGACAGAUGCAAGCAGACCAUCACUAACGAAGGAAGGCAACAUGGGAAGUGCUGUACUAGCAGGUUUGCUUGAAGCACUCUAUCCAGAAGGUUCCACAAACGCAGCGUCAUCGAGGAUCUCACAGUUGAUUGCGUGUACGAACAGUGAAACAUCUGCUAAGAAGCUAGAACAACAACUAGGCAGGCACAGGUCGCGCGUGGAGGUGCUACACAAGGCAAAUCUUGAGGCCAUGCAACGUGCCGACGUCAUCGUCCUGGGUGUUAAGCCGUACUUCGCCAAGGAUGUGCUGCAGGAGGAUGGUGUUCGAGAAGCCGUGGCAGGGAAGCUGAUCAUGAGCAUGAUCCCAGGCUCAGUCACCGACUUGGGAUCUUAUCUUGCUGCUGCUGGAAAUGACGCUAUCGAGGCCCCAUGGCUGGUCAAAACGAUCCCCAAUAUCGCCGCUCGCUACGGCCAAUCCAUGACUCUGAUUGAUCCUCCAGAGCCCUCGUUACCCAGGGAGGAGCAGGAGUUUAUGAAAUGGUUCUGGAACCAAAUUGGCUCUUCUAAAACACUCACCUCAUCAACCUCCAAUGCUGGCAUGAUGACAAUGACUGCGGUCUUGGCAGGCUUGUCCGUCUCUCUCGAAGGCGUCCUUGAUGGCUCCGUUCGAGAGGGUCUGAGGAGAACCGAUGCUAUGGACAUAGCUCUGCAGAGCAUGAAGAGCCUUGUCUCCAUCUUGGAGAGUGGUACCCACCCGGCGGCUAUGAGAGAAAGCAUAGCAUCUCCUCGUGGAUGCACCAUAGCCGCACUACUAUCGCUGGAAAAGGCAGGCGUUCGGGGAACAUUCGCACAAGCAUUGAUAGAUGGUGCAGAGGUGUUUGCAGAUAAAAAGUAG